AAAACUGGCUACCAUUCAAUCUAAAACCUAGUUGUCUUUAUCAGUUUCCUAGAGCGCAAUCAAAAUGCUUCGCCUGCAAGUUGCUGUUUUAUUCACCGUGGCUUUGGCUUUCAGUGCUGUGAAGUGUACUGAUUCAAAUGAAGCGCCAAACGUAGAAAAUUUAGAUGAUUCCAUCCCGGCAUCAAGCUCAAACCAGGAGUUUUUCCGUUAUUUCAUAAAAGAGCCACUCACAAAAGACGUUUCACCCAAAUUAUUGAUUAAACACAAUCUUGGAGGACGCGUCAAUGGUGAUCGACUUUUGAUCCGAUACAAAUCGCCAAGGAAGGAUUCUGGAACACCAUUUGACGUCAAACAGUUGGAAUCGUUCGAAUUUGAAGCCACCAUCACUUACAUUGAAUAUGUCGUUGAUCAGAGUACAAACGAGAGCAAAAUUACCCUAACAUCAGGUGGAACUGGACAAAAAAAUGCCGCUUUGGAAGUUGAAGGAGGCAAAACUCUUUACUUCAGCUAUACUACGGAAAUCUACGGAUAUUACUAAAUCGAUUUAACCUCCGAAAAUUCAACAAAAUAACGACAUAUAUACGAAUGUCAAAUGAAUAUUUAUCUUCAAGCUGAAUGCUUCCAUAUUUCCGGUCAAAUUUUCUUUACUUCCUUAAACAACAAUGGAAUUUUGUGUGUUUUAAUCAAUUCUCAGUAGAAUGGUUAAAAUUUGGCCUAAGAUCAUUUUAUAAAAUAUCAAUGAUUUUCUUUACUUUUCAAUAAAAUAAUCUGACUUCAA